GCGGGACCGGCACCGGGGCCGCCACCGGCACCGGGACCCGGCGGCUCCGGCGCUCCCCACGCGCGGCCCCGCGGGGCUCUGAGCUGAUGAUGGAAGAGGUGCACAAGGGCAGCAGCAGCAGCUCCGUGACGCCGUCCCAGCCCUCGGCCGUACAAGGUACAACCCUCCAGGCAGCUCAGCUCUCUCAUAUUACCCAACAGAUGUCUCUCAGAGGUUCUGCCCCCCUGACCGUGGUUCAGCUUCCUGGAGAGCAAGUCCAGGUGCAGGGAGUCAUCCAGACAGCCCAGUCCUCCUCCGUGAUCCACUCCCCUCAGGUGCAGACCGUGCAGGUCUCUUCCUUGUCUGAGAGCGAGGAUUCCCAGGACUCCUCAGACAGCAUCGGCUCCUCGCAGAAGGCUCGAGGCAUCUUGGCUCGCCGCCCCUCGUACCGAAAAAUUUUGAAAGAUCUUUCCUCUGAAGACACACGGGAUAGAAAAGGAGAUGAGGAAAGCCCCGGGGUCUCCACUGUCACCUCCAUGUCCGUUCCCACACCCAUCUACCAGACAAGCACAGGACAGUACAUCGCCAUCGCGGCCAACGGGCUGCAGCUGGCGGGGCCGGGGGCGGACGGGGUGCAGGGGCUGCAGGCGCUGACCAUGGCCAACACCGGCACCUCCCAGCCCGGCACCACCAUCCUGCAGUACGCCCAGACCUCGGACGGGCAGCAGAUCCUGGUGCCCAGCAACCAGGUGGUGGUGCAGACUGCCUCUGGGGACAUGCAGACGUACCAGAUCCGCACCACGCCCACCACGUCGUCCCUGCCGCAGACGGUGGUGAUGACGUCCCCGGUCACUCUGACGUCGCAGACCAGCAAGACGGACGACCCGCAGCUGAAACGGGAGAUCCGCCUGAUGAAGAACAGGGAAGCCGCCCGGGAGUGCCGCAGGAAGAAGAAGGAGUACGUGAAAUGCCUGGAAAACCGAGUGGCGGUCCUGGAAAACCAGAACAAAACUCUAAUUGAAGAACUGAAAACUUUGAAAGAUCUUUACUGUCAUAAAAGUGUGUAAGAAAGGAAGAUUUCACAGCUCAGAGACUCUGUAGAUUUUAUUUACAACGUGUUGGUGACAAAGUACAAAAAGGAGACAAGAAAACCUCACCAAAAUUCCUGCUGGCACAACUGGAAACUGAUAAAAGUCAAGAUUGCAGCUACAGUGGAAGGACAGUCACGUGUGACGAGGCAGGUGAUGAGAGUUUCUUUGAAAAUUCCUACCAGUACCUCUAAUAAUGGAGGCAAAAUUUGGUUCCAGUGAAAACGUGGAUGAAAUGGAAUCCUUGCCAUAGCUGACAUUAUUAGUAACAUUUAUAACCAGUGUAUGUUUUGAUUUCUUACUCUUUUUUUUCAAUCCUUUUUCCUUCAGUUACUUGUCUGUAAAUAUUUUUAUUUUAACCUGUAAGUUGGUAUUUACAGGUGCAGCUGAUACUUUGCUCGAGGUAUAAAUUAUGUUUUUUCCUCUUUCUCAGAUGGCAGUUUAAAAAGUUAGGAUGAUUUUUAUCCAUGUUUGCUGUGUUUAUCAGAUUUGGGAAGGAUCUGCAGAAGGCAGCCAGAAGGCCUGGUCCUGGAAAUGUCUGAGGCACAGGAAAUUGUGUUGAUUUUUCUCCAGGCAAUUCAACACAUCCGUGAUUUUAAAGCACAGUGUGGUGGGGACAAGGACUGAUGACAGAAAGUCCUGAAGAAUUUCCGAAAUUCAAACUUCUGGCAGUUUAAUUUCACAGGAGUUUUGUUCUCAGUUCUGGGCACGAGAAACAUCAAUCGUUGAAAAUUAAAUUGUGUGGCUGAUCACAUUUACAAUUAAACACUCAAUGCUUGUCCUGGCUGGGGAUUCUCCUGGGCUUUGGAACACGAAACCAAAUAGAAGAGAAAUGAUGAAGU